AUGCUACAGGCCUUGCGCUGGAGGGGCGCAAGCCUUACACGUACCCUCAUCGUCAAUCAGAGACUGCCGACUGCGUCUACGUCCAGGCCGACAUACUUCGCAUACCGACUCCUUACCCCAACUCAGGGCGGCACAUCGACGCGCGCCUUCUCGAGUUCCACGAGCGAUGCUUCGUCCACCUCAAAACCAGAAUCGAAAAAUGCAAGUCGAACAACCGGUUCGCAGAGGUCACUCGCGCAAGAGCAGACCCUGGAGUGGGAGGAUAAGGUCAACUAUAAUGUGGUAGACAAGUUCAGCGACCUGCCCUACCGGCACUUGGGGUACAACCAGCACAUGAUCAUCAACGAGGAGUUCAAAAAGGCCCUAGGCGACAUCGUCAAGUCCUUCCAAGCGCCCAUUAUAUACGCCUUCGCAUAUGGCUCUGGAGUUUUCCCACAGUCAAAGCUCCUCGGGAAGGCACCUAGUGACGAGCUCCUCCGAUCAGUACACACAAAGCCGGAUCCGGCAAUCGUGCGCGCCCAGGGAGAGAGCCCCAAGAUGAUCGACUUCAUCUUUGGUGUUUCCCACACCCAGCACUGGCACUCUCUCAACAUGAGGCAGAACCGUCACCACUACAGCGCAGUGGCAAGCCUCGGCUCUGGGUUUGUUAGCCGUGUUCAGGAUCGCUACGGCGCUGGCGUCUACUUCAAUCCAUAUGUGAACGUGAACGGGACGCUGAUUAAGUACGGCGUUGUAAACGUCGACACGCUCUGCCGGGAUCUGACCGAGUGGGAUACGCUGUAUCUCUCUGGGAGGCUGCACAAGCCCGUCAAGAUCAUCCGCGACAACGCGCGGGUCCGGCUGGCAAACCAGACAAACCUGGUCGCGGCCAUCCGGACCGCCCUGCUCAUGCUCCCCGAAGAGUUCACAGAGCAGGAGCUCUACUCGCUGAUUGCAGGUCUCAGUUACCUGGGUGACCCACGAAUGCGCUUCCCCACCGAGAACCCGCGCAAGGUCGGCAAUAUUGUCAACAACAACAAGAUACACUUCCGCAACCUCUACGCACCUCUCAUCCGCGUGCUUCCCAACGUGAGGUUUUUGGUUGACGAUCCCGAGACGGCCGACCCAGCUCAGGAUCUGCGCAUGAGGCAGGCAAUGUCGGACGAGACACGUGGCAAUAUGGUGCGCAGACUACCUAAGCAGUUCCGGUCAAGGGUCUACUUCCAGUAUCAAAAGAAGUGGCAGAUCUCGCGGGCGGACUUCAAUGCAGCCACCGAGAACCUACACACGGAGGAAGGUGGCAUCACCUUUGGGACCCGGCUUGGUGGCGAGUUCGACCAGCGCAUCGCCAAGGACGACGAGGCCGAGCGUCGGGAGAUCUUGAGGGCCGUCAUCAAGCAGACCACCAGCUGGCCCAGCACUGCGCAGUCACUGAAGGGCAUCGUCAUGUCCGGGUUCGGCAGGUCUUGGCGGUACUUAGGCGAGAAGAUGUCCAAGUACCGCGAGGGCAAGAAGCCUCUGCCGGCACCGGAGACUGAUGGCGGGAAAUCCGAUCCCAAAAGCAUUUCGAGCUCAAGUAGCGAGUCCCUUUCGGAAGAAAAGACCCAAGACGCGCACAAGCCCAAAUCCCAGUGA